AUGGAGUCCAUAGCGGAGCACGAUGACACUCAAUCGACACCACCAUUUCUGCGUUCUUUCAAUAACGGCAAACCUAAAAGUAACUCUACGCUUGUCAGUCACUCCAUCUACCUCACCAGUCCUCGUGGUACACAAGGAGGAACCCAGCCAUUCCAGUCCCCAUCACGGACAACAGUGAGACUCCAAUCGUCCACCGCCAAACGCCAGACUGAUUUAUCUUUUCCUCCUAAUCAUCCCCUUGCCGGACUUGGCAAUAUUGCCGCUUAUCAUCAACAGCAAGCAUCUCGGUUACAACAUUUUCAUACACGACCACCGGUCUAUGUUCGUAACCCUUCGUUCGGACUGGCGGAAUUCGAACUGCAGGAUACGCUUGGCACUGGAACUUUUGGCAGAGUGUAUCUGACGAAAUUCAGAACAACACAAAAGUAUUAUGCAAUGAAGGUGCUGAAAAAGUCAGAAGUGGUUAGAUUGAAGCAAGUCGAGCAUAUCAUGUCGGAAAAAGAAAUUCUGGCCUCCAUUCGAUUUCCGUUUGUUGUCGAUCUUUUCUGUACUUUUCAAGAUGAUGCGAAUCUGUACAUGUUACUGGAAUAUGUGGUCGGUGGAGAGCUUUUCACCCACCUGCGCCGAGCCGGUCGCUUCACGAAUGAUAUGACUCGAUUUUAUGCAUCCGAAAUCGUGCUUGCCAUCGAAUAUUUGCAUUCCAAAAAUAUCAUUUACCGUGAUCUGAAACCUGAGAAUCUUCUGAUAGACCAUCAGGGUCACAUCAAAAUUACAGAUUUUGGCUUUGCCAAGAAAGUGGAAGAUCGUACAUGGACCCUUUGUGGCACACCUGAGUAUCUGGCGCCUGAAAUCAUUCAGAGCAAAGGCCAUGGCAAAGCAGUGGACUGGUGGGCUUUGGGCAUUCUCAUCUUUGAAAUGCUUGCAGGAUAUCCGCCGUUUUUUGACGACAACUCCUUUGGCAUCUAUGAGAAAAUUCUAGCCGGCAAAGUGCAGUUUCCUGCUCACUUUGACCCUUUAGCUAAAGACCUGCUGAAACGGUUCCUAGUAGGGGAUCGGACGAAACGAUUAGGUAAUUUGAAGUCCGGGUCAGAUGACGUAAAACGACAUAAAUGGUUUAGAGGCGUUGACUGGAUAGGUCUGCUUGAAAAAACUGUACGGGCACCUAUUGUUCCUCCUUAUCGACAUCCUGGUGAUACCAGUAAUUUUGAAAAGUACCCAGAUACUGCAGCUCUCGAAACCGACUGCAAUGCCACACCCGGAGAUGAUCCAUACAGGCAUUUGUUUGUUGAUUUCUCGGUAUCCUACUCAUCCGGUUAA